AUGACCAAUAUACACUCAACGGAAGGUCUUGAGCUAGCCCAGAUCGUCUUCUAUGGAAUGGCAGCUCUUCCAGCUUUCGUCUGUUUCGCGGCACAUGGCAAACACGGAGUAAUGGGGUGGCUCUAUGUGAUUGUUAUGUGUGGCCUACGUCUCGCAGGGAAUGCCAUGGCUUAUCAUUCCUUAUCCACGACUGGUCAUGCCAAUGAAGCCGCUCAAAUUAUCAGUGGGAUCGGGUUGUCGCCUCUCUUACUUGCGGCCUUGGGAAUACUCCACGAGGCCAACCAUUCUAUUCAAACGACACUUCCGAAAAUACUACAGGGACCAAGCCUUUUCCUCCCGCAUGUGGUCAUUCUUACUGGUAUUGCUCUCGCCGCUGCUAGUGGGGGAAGGUCUACUCUACUCGAGGCUGGCAUGAUUGUCCUUACUUUCGGCUGGCUUUUUAUCGUCACAUUGAUUGCAAUGUCGCUUCGGGCAGGCUCCAGCGAUUCGCGAGUGAAUGACGAGAAAAAGCUUCUUUGGGCAGUCAUCGUCGCUAUACCGCUCAUCGGUGUUCGCGUGAUAUAUUCUGUUGUCAUUGCCUUUGUGGACUGGCGGGCUGAUGGAGGUAGCUUGGCUGUUCAAGUGGUCUUUGGAACAAUUGCAGAGUUUUUCGUCAUGAUCACUUAUAUUGCCGCUGGCAUCGUGACACGAAAUCUGGCGUCCGAUCGCGCAAAGCUGAAAUCAGGAUCAUCCCGGAAUCAGAAUAAUCUAGUGUAA